AUGCAAGGUGAAUUAGAGUUACCACCUGGUUUCAGAUUUCAUCCAACUGAUGAAGAAUUGGUGAAUCACUACUUGUGUAGAAAAUGUGCUGGUCAAUCAAUUUCUGUUCCUGUUGUUAAAGAAGUUGAUUUGUAUAAGUUUGAUCCAUGGCAGCUUCCUGAAAUGGGUUAUCACAGUGAGAAAGAAUGGUAUUUCUUCUCUCCGAGGGAUCGAAAGUACCCGAACGGUUCUCGGCCUAACCGGGCUGCCGGAAGUGGUUACUGGAAGGCUACCGGAGCUGAUAAACCAAUUGGGAAAGUGAAGCCAAUGGGAAUAAAAAAGGCACUGGUUUUCUAUGCUGGUAAAGCCCCCAAAGGAGUGAAAACUAAUUGGAUUAUGCAUGAAUAUCGUCUUGCCAACGUUGAUAGAUCCGCCGGCAAGAAAAACAAUUUGAGGCUUGAUGAUUGGGUGUUGUGUAGAAUUUACAACAAGAAAGGAAAGAUUGAGAAAUUCAACACUGGCAACACAGUAGAGGUUCAUAAUUACUUUGAGCAUGAAGAAGAACAUGAGAGAAAGCCAGAAGUUCAGAAGUUGGUGAAUUACCAAUUGUACAUGGACACAUCGGACUCAGUUCCGAAGCUGCACACGGACUCGAGCAGCUCCGGGCACGUGGUUUCGCCGGAUGUCACGUGCGACAGAGAGGUGCAGAGUGAACCAAAAUGGAAUGAACUUGGGAUACAGCUGGAUGACGCGUUUGGUUUUGAGUUCAAUUACUUGGAUAAUAAUAGCCUUUCAUUUGAGUAUGAGGAUGACCCUUUUGGGACCAAUGAUCAGUACCAAAUCAACCAGCUUUCGCCGUUACAGGAUAUGUUCAUGUACCAACAAAAGCCAUUUUGA